AUGUUCGUCCUCAAGUCUCUCUUUGGCCAGAUGUGGGGCAACCCCGCCAACCCCGAGCUCAUCCAGAUCCCGGCUGGCCAGCUCUACCUCGUCCGCCCUGACAGCAUCAAGGGUUCGCGCGAGUGCAUUUUUAAAGACGCCGUCGCUACUAUCCGACGCACGGGCGUCGAGUUUCAGUACCAGCUGGUCGUGACCCGCGCGUACGAAGAGGGCGAGGAGCAGCUUCUCGAGGAGGACGCCGAGACCGACGACGAGCGCGUAUUCCUCAUCGACCAGGCGCUUGGAUUCCGUUUUGGUUCGCUCGACGGUGACGCGACUUGCGCUUGGCGCGAUCUCAGCGGCGAUGAGGGGGAUCUGUGGGAGUUUGUCUGCAACAAGUCUGUCGGCAAGGCCACCAGCAAGCUGUUUGAGGUGACUCUCCUGCAGUGUGUGUACGAGCGCAAGUUUCAGCGUUCGCACGAGCACGCCACCGAGGAGGACCUCGAGGCGCUCCAAUACGCCGAAGACGCUCCGGCUCCCGCUGCCGACGGUGCGACUGCGACCGUAGCUGUCGUCGACCCAAAGGAGCCCGUUCAGCAGAAGGAGGCCGAGGACCCGUUCCAGGACGUUCCUGUGCUGCAGCGCACCAAGGGCGAGCUCUACCUGUUCGACACCGAGACGGACGUGUUUGUGAUCCAAGAGAAGGAUGUCGAUGUGGACAUGGCGUCCAACGGCGUGUUUGACAUUUGGAUCAUUGUCCGCAAGGACAACACCCCGUUCAUCUCGAUCCCCAUCGACUCGGAGAUGAACCCACGCUUUGACACGGCGAACGCUGCGUUCAUGUUCACCUUCCGCGAGACCGAGGGUCUGCCUGGCAUGACUUGGUGCCUGCGUCUCAACCCGGCAGAGUUUGCCGAGUGGAAGGACAAGUUUACCAUUUACAUGUGGGAGAACAAGAACCAGACCAGCUAUGCCAAGGCCCAGGCGGUCGAGCAGCGCUACAUCCAGGACGCGUACGGCGACAUUGAGAUGGGCGAGGAGGACGAUCGUGAGGCCGAGCUCGCUGCCCAGGAGGAGGAGGAAGAGGAGGAGGAGCAGUACGAGUCGGCCGAGGGCGAAGACGAGGAGGAGGAGGAGAGCGACUCUGAGGAGUUUGCCAAGGGAUCCAAGAACGAGCAGCUCGCUGUCGGAUACAAGAACGACAUGUCGUUUGUCACUCGUGGCAACAUGAUUGGCGUGUUUGCGCACGACCGUGACAAGGUCAAGUUCCGCACCGCCAUUGACCGCGUCAAGGACAUGGACGGCAAGAGCUUUAACCCCAAGAAGAUUAUGCUGCACAACCAGGACGCCGACAUGCUCCUCCUCGACCCUGGACACUCAAACUCUCUCUUCCGCAUGGACCUCGAGUACGGAAAGAUUGUGGACGAGUGGAAGGUCUCGGACUCUGUGAACGUGGACAAUAUUAUUCCCGACUCAAAGUACGCCCAGAUGAACCCCCAACAGACCCUUAUCGGUCACUCGCACAACGGUAUCUUCCGUAUCGACCCUCGUGUUGCUGGUAACAAGCUCGUCGACAGCCAGUUCAAGCAGUACGCCUCCAAGAACGACUUCUCCGCUGCCGCUACCACCGAGUCGGGCAAGCUGGCCGUCGCAAGCAACAAGGGUGACAUUCGCCUGUUUGACGCCAUUGGCAAGAAUGCCAAGACGGCGCUGCCAGCGCUCGGUGACCCCAUUAUCGGUGUCGACGUCUCCGCAGACGGCAAGUGGGUCGUUGCUACUUGCAAGACGUACCUGCUUCUCAUCAGCACCCUCAUUGGCGACGGACGGUACAAGGGCUCGCUCGGCUUUGACCGCAGCUUCCCUGCCGACGCAAAGCCGAUCCCCAGGCGCCUCCAGCUCAAGCCCGAGCACCUGGCCUACAUGGAGGACCCCGUGUCUUUCACCCCAGCUCGCUUCAACACGGGCAUGAACGAGGCCGAAAAGACCAUUGUGACGUCGACGGGCAAGUAUGUUAUCACGUGGAACUUCCGUCGUCUCAAGCAGGGGCGCACCGACGACUACCAGAUCAAGAAGUACGACUCGCGCGUUGUUGCCGACAACUUCAAGUUUGGCGCCGACAAGAACAUCAUCGUCGCGCUCGAGCACAAUGUCCUCAUGGCCAACAAGAAGGAGCUUGCCCGCCCGACCCGCGAUUCAUUGGCGCCACGAGCCUCGCUGUCUACCCCUAAGAAGGGAACGCGCGUUUCCCAACUGGGAGGUGAUUCGCACAGCGCGAUUGUCAACAGUCCGUACUAG